AUGUCGCAACUCCCGCGGCGAGGCAGUGAUGAAAGCUCGCCAACCUCUGUGAAGCAACCUUUUAUCAACGGCUUGAUCCCUCGGGAUUAUCUAGCCCGGUCAGAUCGCUCCAUGCCUGCUCCUGGCCGCCAUAUCACCCCGUCUCCAUUGCAUACGAGCUCCUUACCCCAGUCGCACCCAACCGACGGCUCGACACCAUCACAUAGUCCAUUGUCUCCAGGAUCGAGCGCCAACCCGUCCCCUGCUAAAACCCAGUCGCCAAUCGCUCGCGUGGCCCAUGCAACAUUCCCCGCGCCCCCCUACGGCACUGGUCAUAGCUUGUCGCAAUCACCAGAAAUGGUAGGCUCAGAACCAACCGAGAGCAACAACUCAUCCGGCGAGACAAAUUCCCCCAAGCCAUCCCGCGCGCCGGAGCCCGACCGAUCUGCCUCAUCCUCUGUGAGCUCGAUACACUCCAUGCCGGGAGAUCGCUCAACCCAUCGCGUCAUGCCUCGUACCUCCUCCAUUGAUUCGGCUAUCUCCUCCCUGUCUUCCGCCUCCCAGCGAUCAGCCUUCGAUGUCAACUCCUUGAGCCCCGCCGACAUCAGUAAUCUAAUCAACGCUGCUGGGUCGGCGGAGGCUGUCAUCGUCCACCUUUUGAAGGAAAAACAUCAAGCAGCCUCCCAGAACUCGCAAUUAUGGAAGCUCGUGGACAAACAAAGGACCCUCAUCCUCGGUCUGAACAAGGAUCUUGAGCGUUCUUUGCAGGAGAAGGAAAAAUACCGGAAGAAGCUCAAAGACCUGCAAGAGGCUCCACCGGCCGCUGCUGGGGUUGCUGGUAGAUCCGGCGAUGACAAGCAAGAGAGGGCGCAGAUGCCGAACAGACCAUCUAUAAUCCCCCCUUCGGAGCCAUCGCGGAGAGGGCCUGAUAGCACUGCCAGCCCGGUCUCUGCCACUGACUUCCCAUCCCCCGUCGGAGAAGACAGAAGCAGGUUCCCACAUCCAAGCCGCAAAGCGCCGCCUGCGCCGCUGAACCUGCGUCAGGCCGAGCCCAAGCCCACGGUGACAUCCGCAUCGGAUUCGGAUUCGGAUUAUGGCGAUGAAUCAGGCGGCCCCCCUAGCGUGGACCGUGGGAGGCGAAAGACGCGGGAGCAAGACGACCAAGACCGGGAGUUCACACUCCAGAAAGAGACCCGCAGCUCCCAAUCAGCAGCCAAAACAAGCACUUCUCAGGACUCGCGGGGUAUGGCGAGUACUGCUAGCCCGGAGACGGUUCCGCGUGAGCUCUCCUCCAGAUCCCCGCCGACUGUCGGUGGCUCCAAGUCCUUGGGCUCCAUGUUGCAUUCUCGACCUCCCCCUCCGUCAUCCUUCAAUGGGCGCUCGGUUGCCGCUAUGCCCAUGAGCCCGGGUCUUCCUCUGAGUCCGCGACCAGAAGAUCGGCCCAUGAAUUCUCCAAUGCCUCGCAUGCCGCGUGAGAUGCCUGGUGCUGCAGGCCCUGGCUUGCCUCUUUCUCCCAGGAUGGCUAAUAACCCCAUGGGUUUUGCACCUCCCCCCUCAACUGGAAGGCUUAAUGGCCCCAUUCCAUCCAUUGAUCCCAACGUCAUGAUAGACAGCCCGAAAUCUGCACACUUUGCAGAGAGCGGCAUAUACCAGGGACUGAUAUCGGAUGAGUACCCUGGGCUGCUUUUGUCACCCAACGCUCUUCCUUUGGUUCUAGUCAAGGUAUCGUCGUCGCGACUCCGACCUUCGAGAAACAGUUACAUGGUGUCCAAGCCGUUGGACGAGGAGCCAGUCUUUACCCUCAGCGUGAUUUCUCGAUCUGAGAUGUCAGAGCUAUGGCGAGUAGAGAAAAUUAUCGGGGCUCUACCCCAGCUGGACCAGAAAAUCAGACAGACAUCCUCGUUCGCUGGAAGGUUGCCCGACAGGAACAUCUUCAAUGGUCAUUCGCCCGCUAAGGUUGAUCUGAGGCGUGCCGCAUUAAACGCAUACUUUGACGGCCUUCUGGACACCCCAAUGGACGAGCAAGCCGCUAUGGCCAUCUGUCGAUUCCUGUCCAGUGAUGCCAUUGAGCCUCGGGAUGACGAGACCAACUUGCUGAAGGGCCUCGCACAAGCGAAACCUGAUGUCUCCCGUGGACCAGACGGAAAACCUCAAAAGCAAGGAUACUUGACUAAGCGAGGCAAAAGUUUUGGCGGGUGGAAAGAAAGAUACUUUGUGCUUGAUGGGCCUGAACUCAAGUACUUUGAAUCUCCUGGUGGUCAGCACAUGGGCACCAUCAGGCUUCACCACGCCCAGAUAGGAAAACAAUCCCCCAAAGCAGCUGAAAGUUCUUCGUCGCCUCCAGGAGGUGAGGACGAUGCUGAUAAUCAAUAUCGCCACGCAUUCUUGAUUCUAGAACCCAAGAAGAAGGAUUCUUCAGCACUUGUACGUCAUGUUUUAUGUUCUGAGAGCGAUGAUGAGCGUGAUACUUGGGUCGACGCUCUGAUGGAAUACGUUGAGAGUGCCUCUUCCGAAAAUGAAGGGCAUGGAAGCGUAUCCUCCAAAGGCCAAUCCCAGUCUCACGAGACGCAGAAACAGAACUCCACCGAGGCCAAGGCGAAACUGUUCGGCAGUGGAGGCAAGAAAUCUGGUCGGGGUGUCGAAAGUCCCGAUCAGGGCCUGGGAAGCUCAGUCCAGGGAUUUAGCUUUGAUGACGCAGUGCCAGCCGACCCCCCGACGAUCGGAUCUACUCUUGAGCAGGCACCUCGAUCCCCAAGGUUGCCGGGAUCCCUGUCAACCGAAUUCAGGGAAAUGAACACGUCCUCUCCUGAUCAGGGAAUGCACUCGCCCAGGUUGAUAUCCAGGCCCACCAACGGCGCGAUCAUCCAAGACGUGGAAGCUUGGGGCAACAAAGCAAAAACAUCCACCAAGGAGAAGAAACGAAGCAUUUGGGGUUUCCGCACCAGAUCCUCUUUCGAUCUUGCCACCCAGGCUCAGGCCAGUAGCGACACACUAGUCGCAACCCAAAAUGUCGAACGAACGGGGCCGGUCAGGCCCGUAUUUGGCAUACCCCUAGCGGAGGCUGUUCAAGACUGUGGACCGCCGGGCAUCGAUGUGGAGCUCCCAGCGGUGGUUUACCGGUGUAUCGAAUACCUUCAUGCCAAGGAAGCAGCUCUUGAAGAAGGAAUCUUCCGCUUGAGCGGCUCAAAUGUGGUCAUCAAAGCUUUGAAGGAAAGAUUCAACACCGAGGGUGAUGUUGAUUUCGUAUCUGGGGAUCAGUACUACGACAUUCAUGCUGUCGCCUCUCUGUUCAAGCAAUAUCUCCGAGAGCUUCCCACUACAGUGUUGACUCGAGAACUUCACUUGGACUUCCUUCGCGUUCUUGAACUUGACGAUCGCCAAAAGAAGGUUGCUGCCUUCAACUCUCUCGUGCACAAGCUGCCCAGCCCUAACUUGGCAUUGCUACGGGCUCUUUCGCAGUUCCUGAUCGAGAUUGUCAACAACUCGGACGUGAACAAAAUGACUGUCAGAAACGUGGGCAUCGUGUUCGCCCCGACUCUCAAUAUCCCAGCGCCUGUCUUUUCCAUGUUCCUCACGGACUAUGACAGCAUCUUUGGUGAAACCGACAAGAGCUUUGCGACUACAUCGAACGAAUUGACAGUUGACAACUCUCUGUCGGCCGAUGAUAUUCGGUCCCCGCGCCACCAAAUGUUCUCCGACAUUCCUACACCUUCCUACCACCAAACCUCGUUCCGGACUCCUGCUGGGGGCAAUGGCCCGUCUGACGGCCCCAGGACACCCUACAACACUGGCUUUAUCCCGAUGCAGCCCAGUUAUGACCAGCCGACUUCCAGACACGACCAACACAAUCAAUCUUCCAGUGCCUCUGCUCAAUAUUCUUCUUUGAACGGCAUGCUGUUGCCCAACAAUUCCGAGGAUACUCGGUCCGCGAAGACAAAGCGACGAGAGAGUUCAAUGCUCUUUAUGGAUGAUCCUUCUUUCUACCAGGGCAACUAA